UUUCAGCAGUCCCGCACCAAUUUCUCGACAUUUUAGUUCUUCCUCUGAAAACCUAGGAGGUUCGGUCUCUGUCUACCUUCCAUCUCCGAUUCAGAAACCCGGACGGAACCCUAGGCUUCUUCUUCGCUCUCUCUCACUCUCUGUGGAAAGAUGUCGACUGCCUUGGACAUGUCCCUCGAUGAUUUGAUCAAGAAGAACAAGUCGUCCGGAGCUAAUCCCCGAGGCCGGGGCAGAGGAGCCGGCCCCGGUCCUGCUCGCCGCAUCCCCAACCGAUCAGCCAAUCGGGCUGCUCCUUAUUCCGUCCCGAGGGCUCCAGAUUCGGCGUGGCAGCAUGAUUUGUUUGCGGAUCAGAUGCCGGGGUUUCAGAAUCCAACAGCGGCGGCUAGGGCGACGUCCAUUGAAACGGGAACCAAGCUUUACAUCUCCAAUCUGGAUUACGGGGUAUCCAACGAGGACAUUAAGGAACUUUUUUCAGAGGUUGGUGAUUUGAAACGGUACUCUAUUCACUAUGAUAGAAGUGGAAGAUCGAAGGGAACAGCGGAGGUCGUUUUUUCAAAAAGGCCAGAUGCUUUAGCCGCCGUGAAAAGAUAUAACAAUGUGCAGCUGGAUGGGAAACCAAUGAAAAUUGAAAUUGUUGGAACAAACAUUCCAGCACCCAUAGUUUUGCCUCAGUUGGUGAAUGACAAUUUUCGAAAUUUUAAUCCACCACCUAGAAGCAGUGCUCUGGGAAGAGGCAUUACCGGCAGGGGGAGGGGCCGAGGAGGCCGCGGUCGAGGCAGAGGCCGUGGGGAAUCUGUUUCUGUGGCUGAUCUCGAUGCGGAUUUAGACAAAUACCAUUCCGAGGCGAUGCAGACCAACUGAAAUGUUGUUUUCAAGUUUCUUAAUGUACUGCAACCUAUUUGUUGUUUUCUAGUUUUCAAGUA